AUGUUUCCUGAAGUUGCUAAGCUUUGUCUUGUGUACUCGCUUGAAAUUCGUGGGAUGAUUAACACUCUUUCCUUGUCCCCAAAUACUCAGUAUGCGGCUUAUCUCGUGUUCAAGAUGAUUAAUGCAUACGGAUUUGAUAAUGAACCUAUGGAUUUAUCCGUUGGUGUUGAAGGUGGACAUAGCAGCACUAAAUCUGUCUGUUUGGAUCCGAACGUGAAACAUCGUGUCAGGCAAUUUUUUUGUAAAUGUUAUGGCUGGUGCCCCCAUCGUGCGAGGAGGCCACGUAACAAAGUAUUAGGAUUGCAACGUCCUAAUGUAAGAAGUGAUGGAUGGUUGGAGAUUGAGAUGGGAGAGUUCUUCAAUUCAAGCCUUGAAGAUGAAGAAAUCCAAAUGAGCGUUGUCGAGAAAUUUGAGUGA